UGCCAGUGUCUCCACCGCUGCUGAUACGACUGGUCGUGUUCGGUGAUUUCCUCCAGUUUUAAUUUCCCUAGGAUAUCAAAUGUUUAAAUAACCUCAGGAGUCGUAAAUAAUAAUUACGUGGAUGUACGAUGGACGUUCGAAAAGUCUCUCAUUCGAUUAAGAGUGAACACAAUGAUGUCGAGUCGAAUUCGAGAGCAACAAGGUGGAGGAAUCUCCUCGCGUUUUGGUUCCUGGGACUCUGCAAUAAUUACGGAUAUGUGGUGGUCCUCACAGCAGCCCAUGACAUAUUGGCUUCAAAAUUCGGAACUCACGAACACGAUAAUGGGAGCAGCUCGAUAACGAAUACAACGAGAGACUCUCGAGGCUGCAAUGCAGUGUCAACAGGAGCUAUUCUUCUCGCGGAUAUUGUACCUUGUCUUAUUGUAAAAUUAAUGGUACCAUUUCUACCGUUUUUUAUUCAUGUUCGCAUGAUGACCUGCGUCCUGUGUUCAAUAUCAGGAUUUCUGGCUGUUUCCCUCGGUGAAACCCAGUGGAUCACCAUUUUCGGGGUCAUCCUCACGUCCAUCUCAUCAGGUCUCGGCGAGGUCUCUGUUGUUAGCUAUAGUCACAAAUUUGGAAAAGAAAGUAUCGCGUCCUGGUCUUCUGGUACUGGUGGAGCUGGCAUCAUCGGUGCUUUCUCAUAUGCUGGAUUGACCGUCAUUAUGACCUCGGAAAAUGCUUUACUCACUAUGCUCAUUAUUCCUGUUAUUCAGGCCAUUGCAUUUUGGCUUCUCCUGGUACAUCCAGCAGAGCAACCAAUCGUAAAAUAUGGUAUUGACAGUCAAGAGGAAAUCGUGAAGAUGCCGAAGAAAACUAUUCCCGAGAAGUUUCGACUUCUACCGAAAUUAAUGAAGUACUUGAUACCCCUAAGUCUCGUUUAUUUUUUCGAGUAUUUUAUUAAUAUGGGUUUGUACGAACUCAUUCAAUUCGAUGGAAUUUGGUUGAGUCACUCGGAUCAAUACAGGUGGCUUCAGGUUGAUUAUCAAAUUGGUGUUUUCAUCUCGAGGUCAUCCGCUGCUUUUAUUACUUUCAAAAAAGUCUGGGUGAUAGCUAUUCUUCAGGGCUUAAAUGUGGUGUUGUUCUCGACGGAGGCAAUUUUUUUUUAUAUUCCGAAUAUUUGGAUAGUCUUCGCAGUGACUUUCUGGGAGGGAUUGCUCGGUGGAGGAGCUUAUGUUAAUACUUUUUACAGUAUGCUCCAGACGAUACCAGCUGAGGAUCUUAAAGAUUCAUUGGGAAUAGUCACGAUGGCCGACUCUCUCGGCAUAACUCUGGCAGGAUGGACAGCCAUGGAGGCGCAUUCUGCAAUUUGCAAACUGCCACGACCCAUUCGGUGAUGCUCAUCACCGCAAAAUGUCCG